CGUCCAAAAUAGAGAGUGUAUUAAUUAAUUGGGAAAUUACAAAAUACGAGAAGAUCGAUCUCCUUCUCCGAUUUUCCAAGAUUCCAUUUUUGAAGAUCCCAAAGCUCUGUCAGUCAAAAUUCUGAAGUAAAAGGGAAUGAUGGGUGACAUGAGCAGAUGGGUAUUCUUGAUGGUACUCUGUUUAUUGCACAAGGGACAAGCUAUAUGGUUGACUGUGCCGCCCAUUGGAACUAAGUGUGUUUCUGAAGAACUUCACAACAACGUCGUCGUUUUGGCUGAUUACUAUGCCCUACCCGAUGAUCAUAACCAUCCCAACCCCACCCUUUCCGUCAAGGUCUCCUCUCCAUUUGGUAACACUCUUCAUCACAAGGAGAACACGACACAUGGUCAGUUUGCCUUCACAACAACUGAGGCUGGAAACUAUCUAGCUUGUUUUUGGGUUGAAGAUGGUCAUAAUCCAGGAGGUAAGAGCUUAAAUGUUGGCCUUGACUGGAAAACCGGAAUUGCUGCCAAGGAUUGGGAAUCAGUUGCCAGAAAGGAGAAGAUAGAGGGUAUUGAACUUGAGCUGAGAAAGCUCGAGGGAGCUGUGGAGGCCAUUCAUGAAAAUUUGAUUUACUUAAAGAGCAGAGAAGCAGAGAUGCGGUCGGUUAGUGAAAUAACUAAUACGCGGGUGGCUAGCUUUAGUCUUGCUUCAUUGGGAGUCUGCGUCCUGGCCGCGGUUUUACAAAUUUUGUAUCUUAAGCGAUAUUUCCAAAAGAAGAAGCUAAUUUAGAUUUUGAAAUCACAUUCUAGAUGGCAGAUAAAAUCUUAGUACUAGCAUCAUUUGGCACUUUUUAUGAAACACAGAAUUCUUCACUGUAUCAGAUAAUGAAGGCAAAGGUUUCAUGCUUUA